AUGGUGCUGGAACUUCAUGUCUGGGGCCCGGCCUUUUCAUUGCCCUCCAUUGAGGCGCAAUGCUUGGCCACCAUCGCUUAUUUCGUCCAAGCCGUCCCCAAGGACGCAUGGGUGCUGGUGGCAUCCAGCGAUCCUUCCAUCUCGCCGACCAAUGAGUUGCCCGCGCUGAAGAAUGGGUCGACGUGGGUUUCCAAAUUCCGGAACAUCGUUGAUUAUCUCCGGCAAUACUCGAACGGCGAGUGGGAUCUGGACGCGCAUUGGGACGAGCAGGAGAAGGCGGAUAACACAGCAUUCUCUUCCUUCACCGAAGCCAACGGCCAACUCCUCGUCGAUCUGUACCUCUACGUCUCGAGCCAGAACUACUACGCGGGCACGUCGCCUGCCUACGGCGCCAUCCUAACAUGGCCGAAUCAGUGGAUCAUCCCGCCAAAGCUGCGCAAGGCGGCCAAAGUCCGGACGGAGCAUCUGGGGCUCUCGUCGCUCGAUCUGGAGGAGAUUGAGGAGCAGAGGGAGCGCGAGCGAUCUGCGGCCGUCGCGGCAGGCCAGCUGCCUCGGAAUCUGAUCCAGAGACCGCGAGAGACCGUGUCGAGUCUGCUAGGCAAGACGUCGCAGCAAAAUCAGUUCAAGCUGGAAGCCCUGACUGCCGAGUUGUUCGAGCCGCUGCGGCUGCUGCUCGACAACAAGAAGUAUUUCCUUUCCAAUGAGCGCCCGUCCAGCCUGGAUGCUCUUGCUCUGGGAUAUCUGUCCUUGGCGCUGGUGCCCGAGCUGCCCUAUCCUUGGCUGCGAGAGUCUUUGCGGACCAAGGCACCGGAGCUUGCCCAGUAUGUUGAGAGGAUGCGCCAACGAUGCUUUGGUGUGGUUCAGGUGUCCGAUGCCUUUGGUGCGGCUCGGAGGGAGUCGGUGCUACCGUGGAGACCACCGAAGAGGAUAACGGCAGCCAAGAUCGGGCGCACACUCCUCAAUGCCCUCGCGGACGCGACUCCUAUCUUGAAGGAUCUUCGCCUGCAUGAUCGAUUACGGGAGGCCGCCCAGUCCCCCGAUUCGCAGCUGAGUCCGGAGGAGAGCAAAGCGGUUUCUGAAUUUGCUAUCGCGCGGAAGCGGGACGUGUAUGUAUCGGUGGCGACGGUCGCGGCCAGCGUUGCUGCCCUCUUUGGGUAUUUGUUCCAUGUUGGGUUGCUUUCCAUGGGACCGGUAGAGGGGUUCCCAGAGGAAGUGGAGGAGCUAGAAGAGGAUGAUGACGGUUCUGUCCUCGAUUUCGAUGGGGAUAUUGGCAGUGCAGAGGACAUUUUGUCGGCGUUGUAG